AUGCACCGCCGCCACACGACUCUGCGUGAAAAAGGGCGUCGCCAGGCCGUGCGAGGCCCCGCCUACAUGUUCAACGAGCGCGUCGCCCUGACGCCGGAGGAGGAGCGCUUCCUGGACGCCGCCGAGUACGGCAACAUCCCCGUGGUCCGCAAGAUGCUCGACGAGUCCGAGACCCUCAACUUCAACUGCGUGGACUACAUGGGCCAGAAUGCACUGCAGCUGGCGGUGGGAAACGAGCACCUGGAGGUCACCGAGCUGCUGCUCAAGAAGGAGGGGCUGGCCCGAGUGGGCGACGCCCUGCUGUUGGCCAUCUCCAAGGGUUACGUGCGCAUCGUGGAGGCCAUAUUGGGCCACCCGGCGUUCGGCAGCGGCCUGCGGCUCACGCUGAGCCCCCUGGAGCAGGAGCUCCGCGACGACGACUUCUACGCCUACGACGAGGACGGCACGCGCUUCUCGCACGACGUGACCCCCGUCAUCCUGGCGGCGCACUGCCAGGAGUACGAGAUCGUCAACAUCCUGCUGACCAAGGGCGCCCGCAUUGAGAGGCCGCACGACUACUUCUGCAAGUGCGCCGAGUGCUGCGAGAAGCAGCGGCGGGACACGUUCUGCCACUCGCGCUCCAGGAUGAACGCCUACAAGGGCCUGGCGAGCGCCGCCUACCUGUCGCUGUCCAGCGAGGACCCCGUGCUCACGGCGCUGGAGAUGAGCAACGAGCUGGCCAGGCUGGCCAACAUCGAGACAGAGUUUAAGGGUAACGACUACAGGAAGUUGUCCAUGCAGUGUAAGGACUUUGUGGUCGGUGUGCUGGACCUGUGCAGGGACACGGAGGAAGUGGAGGCCAUCUUGAACGGAGACGUAGACCAGGAGCCACUAAAUGACCACAACCGGCCCUGUCUCAGUCGGGUCAAACUGGCCAUCAAAUACGAGGUCAAGAAGUUUGUGGCCCAUCCGAACUGCCAGCAACAGCUUCUGACCAUCUGGUAUGAGAACCUGUCUGGUCUGAGGCAGCAGUCUGUGGGGGUGAAGUGCUGGACCGUGCUGGGGGUCACUGUGGGCCUCCCCUUCCUCGCCAUCUCCUACUGGAUUAUGCCCUGUAGCAAGCUGGGCCAGAUCUUGCGUAGCCCCUUCAUGAAGUUUGUGGCCCACGCCGUCUCCUUCACCAUCUUUCUGGGCCUACUGGUCAUCAACGCCUCGGACCGCUUCGAUGGGGUCAAGAACCUGCCCAACGAGACCAUCACUGACCACCCUCGCCAGGUGUUCAGGGUCAAGACCACCCAGUUUUCAUGGACCGAGAUGCUGAUUAUGAAGUGGGUUCUUGGGAUGAUCUGGUCGGAGGUGAAGGAGAUCUGGGCCGACGGUCCCAGAGAGUACAUCAUGCACCUGUGGAACCUUCUGGACUUCGGCAUGCUGUCCAUCUUUGUGGCGUCCUUCACGGCACGCUUCAUAGCCUUCCUCAAGGCCUCCAAGGCACAACUCUAUGUCGACCUGCAUGUGACUGCCGAUGACCUCAGCAGCGCCUCAUUACCCGAUGAGAUUGCAUACUUCACCUACGCCAGGAACAAGUGGCGUCCGUCGGACCCUCAGAUAAUCUCCGAGGGUCUGUAUGCCAUCGCCGUGGUGCUAAGCUUCUCGCGGAUCGCCUACAUCCUGCCUGCCAACGAGAGCUUCGGCCCGCUGCAGAUCUCGCUGGGGAGGACAGUGAAGGACAUCUUCAAGUUCAUGGUCAUCUUCAUCAUGGUCUUCGUGGCCUUCAUGAUCGGCAUGUUCAACCUCUACUCUUACUACUUGGGAGCCAAGUACAACCCAGCCUUUACUACGGUGGAGGAGAGUUUCAAGACCCUGUUCUGGUCCAUCUUUGGCCUGUCUGAGGUGAUUUCGGUCGUACUGAAGUAUGACCAUAAGUUCAUAGAGAACAUAGGCUAUGUUCUCUACGGGGUCUACAACGUGACCAUGGUGGUGGUUCUCCUCAACAUGCUCAUAGCCAUGAUCAACAGCUCCUACCAGGAGAUAGAGGAGGAUGCAGAUGUGGAGUGGAAGUUUGCCAGGGCCAAGCUGUGGCUCUCCUACUUUGAUGAGGGUCGUACUCUGCCCGCCCCCUUCAACCUGGUGCCCAGCCCAAAGUCCUUCUACUACCUGGUCGUGCGCAGCAAGGCCUGCCUGGUACACCUCUUUAAGGCCAAGGGGCAUCACCACGACAACGAGCUAGAGAUGGGCAUGCUCAACUCACGACCAAAGGUGGAACACUACAGUUCUCAGCUCCGACCCCGCGAGGAGUUCAUCCCCAAGAAGCCCAUCAAACACCCCACCAGAUAUCAGAAGAUCAUGAAGCGCCUCAUCAAGCGAUACGUGCUGAAGGCCCAGGUUGACAGAGAGAAUGAUGAAGUCAACGAAGGCGAGCUGAAGGAGAUCAAGCAGGAUAUCUCCAGCCUGCGCUACGAGCUGCUGGAGGAGAAGUCCCAGGCCACGGGGGAGCUGGCAGACCUCAUCCAACAGCUCAGCCACAAGUUCGGCAAGAAUACAGAGAGGCAAUGAGAGGGAGAAAGAGAAGUUCACGGGUGAGAAUUGAAAGGCCUACUUAGAGGCCUUGACAUCAAAUCUCUAUAACUUCUGAGAGGGUGAGGGAGAGUGAUCAAGAGAGAGAGACAUACAGACAGA